AUGCCUAGCAAGGCCGGAGUCGCCGGGCUGACGACAGCCCUGCUACUUUCAAAGAAGCCGGGUUACAAGGUUGUGAUCGCCGCCAAGCAUAUGCCUGGCGACUAUGACAUCGAAUAUGCAUCGCCGUGGGCUGGCGCAAACUAUAUGCCUGUCUCGAUCGGUGGGACAGAGGCAGCAGAUUGGGAUAAGAAGACCUGGAUGGUUCUGGCAGACCUUGCCGCGAACCAUCCAGGAGCAGGCAUACACUUUCAAGAUUGUGAAAUCCACAAUCGCUCGCAAGACGUAGGAACCGCAACCGCAACCUGGUUUUCCGGGCUCUUAUCGCCUAAUCCCUGGUUCGCAAAAGUCGUCCCAAACUUCCGGUUAUUGUCUAAAGAGUCUCUCGCCCCCGGAAUUGACUCUGCUAUUGCUUUUACUUCGGUCUGUAUCAACACCGCAAUCUACCUGCCUUGGCUUGUUUCUCAGUGCCUGGCCAACGGGGUUAUCUUUAAACGGGCCGUUUUUGAACACAUCAUAGACGCCACAUAUAAUGGUUUCCACCCCAGCGGAAAAGUGUCACUGGUGGUGAACUGUACAGGGUUAAUGGCUUCGAUGCUAGGCGGCGUGCAGGAUAGCACGGUGACCCCUGCCAGAGGCCAGAUCGUUGUUGUGCGGAACGAGACCAACAAGAUGUUCAACAUAUCUGGCACGGAUGACGGUGAAAGUGAAGCCUGCUACAUCAUGACACGCGCUGCAGGUGGAGGGACUAUUCUCGGCGGCUCGUACCAGAAGGGCAAUUGGGAUGGACAGCCAGACCCCAAUCUGGCGACCCGUAUCAUGAAGCGGGCAGUGGAAAUGUGUCCUGCACUGACCAAUGGUAAGGGCAUUGAGCAUCUGGAUAUCAUCAGGCAUGGAGUGGGAUUACGGCCCGUUCGAGAGGGCGGGAAUCGCAUUGAAAAGGAAAAAGUCAACGGCGUGUGGGUUGUCCAUAACUACGGGGCUGGUGGCGCAGGAUAUCAGUGUUCGUAUGGGUGUGCGCAGGCAGCGGUUGACUUGGUUGACGAAGCUUAUGGCUUUAUUUCUACACUAUGA